UCUACAGGGACGGUUCAAAAAAGGAAAGAGAGGGAGAGGGGGAGAAAAAGACUUCGAUGUGAACUUGCCCUAAACGACUCAUUUAAGAAUAAAACCACCCCUCCGAGUAAGACGGAGUUUUCUACGAGAAUAUUCCAUCUACCGCAACCUAUUUUGGAUUUCUCCGGGCGGAUUUUUGUCGGUAAUUCCUUGAAAUUGGUUGGAUUUCUUGCAAUGUCCUGGUUGUUUUCCAAUUCUAGUCGGGGAAUGGAUUGCUGCGGCUGCCUUGGGUUUCUUGGGAAGCCUGACAAGGAGAUUGAUCUCGACGACCGGUUCGAUCAGGAACGCUUUCUAAAUGAGGAUUUCGAUGGCUCGUAUGGAUAUUCUUGUGAGGGAUAUAGAAAGUUUGAUCCUCUUCUUCCGGGAAAGAAUCGGGUGAUUUGUAGAGAAAGCCCUGCGAAGGAAACCACCCAUAUCACAAGGGGUGCGACUGCUUGUGGUCGGAAAAUGAUAAAUGAAUAUGUUCGAGAGUGUACUAUAGGUCGUGGGAGCUAUGGCAAAGUGGUUUUGUACCGAAGCAGUAUCGAUGGAAAACAAUAUGCAGUCAAGGCAUUUUACAAGUCUCGGCUAUCAAGAGUGAGAGUCACUCCUUUUGAAACAGCUUUGGCAGAUGCCCGUAGGGAGGUUUCAAUCAUGAAGAUAUUAGAACAUCCAAAUAUAAUCAAUCUUAUUGAGGUGAUUGAUGACCCAGACUCGGAUCAAUUUUAUAUAGUUCUAGAGUAUGUGGAAGGCAAGUCAAUUUGCAAUGCAUCUGGAACAUGUGAUGGGUUGGGGGAGAAUACCUCUAGGAGAUAUUUGAGAGACAUAGUUUCUGGGCUUAUGUAUCUACAUGCUCAUGGUAUUGUGCAUGGGGAUAUCAAGCCUGAAAAUAUUUUGCUAACAAGUAGUGGAACAGUAAAAAUUGGUGAUUUCAGUGUUAGCCAUGCUUUCGAGGAUGGCAACGAUGAGCUUUGGAGGUCACCUGGAACCCCUGUUUUUACUGCACCUGAAUGUUGUCUGGGCAGUACUUACCAUGGUAAAACUGCUGAUAUAUGGGCUGUUGGUGUUACAUUAUACUGUAUGGUACUUGGAUAUUGUCCAUUUGUCGGGGACUGUCUGCAAGAUACUUAUGACAAGAUACUCAGUAGUCCAUUGUAUCUCCCUGGGGAAGUUGAUCCAGAUCUUAAGGAUUUACUACAAGGACUUCUUUGUAAAGAUCCAAAGCAGAGGAUGACAUUAGAGUCUGUAGCUGCGCAUCCCUGGGUGGUUAGGGACUGCGGACCAAUUCCCUUGACAUCAUGCAGAUGCAAACUUAGUACCUUUCAAAAGGAAUGUCCUACAGGAGAAAAAUCUGAUUGCACUUGAAACCUAUUCAUAGAUAAUUUAUUACAAUUUGUUGACGUAAAUGCUUGUAGCUGGCCUCUAUGAAGCCCUUAUUGUUGGGGAGUGUGAUGAUAUCAAUGGUGUCCCUCAACCUUCCUGUCCAACGAGAGGAAAACAAGAUGAUGGCUGCCUUACUUGUUCUACACCAUGAAAUUUACAUUAGAUUUAGUACAUCUUAACCUUUGUAGAGAGAGAGAAACAUUUCAUCUACAAAAUCAUGGUAUUCGUGAUGUUCUA